AUGGUGAUAAGUACAGCAGCUGACCGUAAUAAAGCUCUGCCUCGCGUCUCACCGGACUUGGCUCAUCAAUGUCUUCUGUCCAUGCCAUUUGACAGUCGCCGCGCUGCGGCCUAUAUUACUGAGGUUAAGAAGGUUCUGCAGUGGCAUUCAACCCUCGACACUCUGAAGAACCCUCCCUCAGGAUAUCUGUCUCCCGCCGUCGAUUUGCUGGGUGGUCUCGACUUCAUCCGCCAGAAGGCCUUAAAGAAAGAGUUUAGCAGCCAGUUCGAAUUUGACACGGCGCUCCAGCGCCUGUUGUCAUCAGCUAACGACGGUCAUCUGGGACUCGAAACCUGUUCUCAGCAGAUCUUCCUCUUCGAGAACGCCAACCCAAUCGUGUCCGUCUCUUCGGAUGGAUUGGAAAUCCCCGAGAUUUACGACUUCCAGGAUAUCCAUUUGCUUUCCAAUCGCUCCGACCUUGUUUCCCCGAUUGCAUCGAUCGACGACAAGGAUGCUCAGAAGUAUAUCGAGGAGCUGUCGCACCUCCUGCUCUACCAAGACCCCGAUGCUCGGUGGAACAUGGCCUUCGACUCGCUGACCCGAGUCCCGACGACCAAUGCAUUUCUCGGAGCUUGGACUGGGAACCAGGGAUUCUGGCAAGGUCGUGCCGUGCAUGAGAUUAAAUUCGCUAAUGGAACCGAGAAAAAGGUGCCUGUCAUUGCUGUGCCCCAGCUCAAGUUUGGAUUCAACUACACCGACAGUCGCACUCUUUUCAAAGACUACUGCCUCCCGUCCCCUUCUUCCGACGACGACGAAGAGGAAGAAACGACGACCUCGCCGAUCAGGCCUGCUUCGCCGUACCUGCCAAAGGCGAUCGUGCGGGAUGAAUAUAACUUGAUCUCUGGCUAUUUCCCGGAGGACAAGGAAUGGGACGAUCUGGCGGUGCUGCUGGUCCCAUCCUUCGCUACCGGCGACACCAGCCCCGAGGAGCCGUUGGCGUUUGCAAACAACGCGACCAAGUUCCUUCACGAGGCCAAGAAGGCCGGCAAGAAGAAGAUCAUCAUCGAUCUGUCCAACAACGCCGGAGGCACCGUUGUGAGCGGACUCGACCUAUUCAAGGCCUUCUUCCCGGAGAAGGACAUCUACAGCGCGUCUCGCCUCCGUGCACACGAAGGAUUCAACCUUAUUGGAAAGGCUCUCCGCAACCUCAAGCGAGGGACUAUCCUUUACGAAGAGAGCAACUUUAGUCUCCAGUCGUUUGUCAAGCCCGAUCAAAAGCACGGUUUCGAGUCCUGGAAGAACCUCUACGGACCCCAUGAGCUCCUCGGGUCGAAUCUGACCAGCCUUGUCUCCGUCAUGAACUUCACCGAGGGUUCAGACUGGGAUUUCCCUAUCCGUGGUUACGGACUCGUCAAGCAGAAUGAGACCGAGGCUCCUUUUGCUCCGGAGGACAUUCUUCUUCUAACCGACGGCCUCUGCACCUCCACCUGCACUAUCUUCGCCGAGCUGAUGAAGAACACCGCCGGCGUCAAGAGCAUCACCUUUGGAGGACGCCCCCAGCAAGGCCCCAUGCAAGCUAUCGGCGGCUCCAAGGGCUGCCAGGUCGCCACCUCCUUCAACAUCAACGCUUUACGGGACGUCGCCGACCAGGUCGCGAACCUGGCUGACGCAGAGGGCAAGCCCGUGCUUACGCGCCAGGAGCAUGCCCGCCUCAACGCUACCCUCCCCGGUGACAUGCCUCUCAACCCAGACGGCAAGAUCAGCUUUAACUUGAGGAAUUCAUACCGUGAGGGUGAUGAUGAGAUGCCGCUGCAGUUCCUGUAUGAGCCUGCUGAUUGUCGGCUGUUCUAUACCCCUGAGAACAUUCUGCAUCCGGAUACUACUUGGAUCUCGGCGGCAAAGGCGUUCUGGGGGAAUGGGACUUGUGUGACGGGUUCUUACUCGACUGUUAAUCAGACUGAGUGGUCUGCGUAA